AACGACUUCAUCCUCGUCUAGCCAGUUCCACAAAUUAACAUACAAUAGCACUUCUAGACUCUGCUGCAAUGAACCAGCCAGCUAUCCUUUUCGUCAUGAUGGAGACAGGGGCGAAAGUUACCGAGCAGGAAUUCCACGAGUGGUACAGCGAAGAGCACGUACCACUCAGAGUCAACAAGUUCCCUUCGUUUCGUACCGCCGCUCGGUACAGAGCGAUCGAUGGAGCUACUCCGAAAUGGAUGGCGAUGUACACGAUAGAGGAUAUUAGCAUAUUUUCUGAUCCGGAAUAUACUAUACUCCGAGAGCAACGAAGCCCUCGUGAGGCAGACAUCGUCGCCAGACUCGCUGCACUCGAUCGACGGAUUUACUCCCUUAUCUCUGACACUAAUCCUAUGCCUGAUGCCCUUCGGCCUUCUUCCAUCGCUUCCAACAUCGUCGUCACGAACUCCUUUACCCCAGCCCCUGGAACGGAAGAGAAAUUCCAUAAAUGGUAUGAGGAAGAGUAUAUCCAUGCUCUCAAGCAAAUUCCGGGGUGGGCCAGAACAAGACGCUACAAACUCGAAGAUCGCAGCCUCACUGGGCUCGAAUCAUCAGAGCUGGCCAAGGACAUUCCUCAAUUCUUGGAGGUCUCAGAGUUCGACGCCCUCUCGGUCCUUCGUAAUGCCAAGUUCCCCUCUGAGACGUUCGGCUCAGAUAUCGUUGGAAAUUCGGUACAAAGCGAGAGGCGUGUCUUCAAAUUAUUAAAGGGGUACGAGCCAAUUGCUGCAUUCAGGAGCAUCAAGACGCCGGGUAGUUUCACUCCCGGUUGGAAUCCGAGUGGUUUCACAUUUACAGCAUGAUAUCUACCGUACUCUCGCCCUAUGGCUACGCUCGUUCCGCCAGCAUCUGGUGGCGGCUAUGUAUAACUCAGUCCGACCGUUUUCUUGUAGAUCCAGCGUAAUAUGAAACAAUGUAUAUACACUGAUAAACAGACUGUCAAAGCAAGCCACUGAUACUUCAGC